UGCGCAUGCGCAACUGUUGGUAGUCGGUAAGAGGGAACCGCAUGAAGAGGCAGAGAGGAGGAAAGAAGAGAAAAUAAAGAAAUAAAGUAAUAAAUGAAGAGAGAGAAGGGAGGGAUGGAUCAGCUGGAACGCUCUAAGGAUGAGGAGGAGGAGUCAGACUGUCACCAUGACGACAACGACAGCACCAACAACAACAACAGACAUAAGACAGUGUGUCCAGGUACAGGUGAGCACCCUCUGCAGUAUAACUACACGUUUUGGUACAGCAGGAGAACGCCGAGUCGACCAGCGAGCUCUCAGAGCUACGAACAGAAUAUACGCCAGAUCGGCACCGUGGCAUCGGUGGAGCAGUUCUGGCAGAUCUACAGUCACCUGAUCAGACCAGGAGAUCUGAGUGGACACAGCGACUUUCAUUUGUUCAAGGAGGGAAUCAAACCAAUGUGGGAGGAUGAGUCAAACCGUAGCGGUGGGAAGUGGAUCAUCCGUCUGCGUAAAGGUCUGGCCAGUCGUUUCUGGGAGAAUAUCAUCCUCGCAAUGCUGGGUGAGCAGUUCAUGGUGGGAGAGGAGAUCUGUGGGGUUGUGGUCUCAAUCCGCUUCCAGGAAGACAUCCUGUCCAUCUGGAACAAGACGUCCAAUGAUCUGACAACCACGUCCAGAAUCAGAGACACAUUACGUCGAGUCCUGAACCUGCCCACCAACACCAUCAUGGAGUACAAGACUCACAAUGACAGCCUCAGGGACAACUCGAGCUUCAGGAACACUAAGAUUUCUCUCUGAAGGCCAGUGAGUCAGCUGACUGUCCUUCUGUCUAACCAGGAUUCAGAUCACCAAUGGUAUUGGACCAAUGAAGUCACUGAUCUGGACUGAUCUGUUGAUUUGCCAGUGGUUGAUUUUUGAACAUCAGACUUUUUUUCCUCCUUAAAUUAAAAACAGCAGGAUCCAGCUGAAGAGGGUCCUUGUUUCUACUAAUGGGUUUUCUCCUGGAGUGUCCUUCAUACCCGAUGUGCCUGUCAGACCCCCCCUCCAUCAUGUUUCGGUCUCUGCCUGGACUCCAUUGAAAAGUCAACUUUUGUGGUUGAUUUCAGACUCUGAAGGACUUGGUGCCAUCCCAGUUAAAAUGCUGCUAACUAGCUUUGAUUCAGUUGUUGAUUUCUAAGCAGGUUUGUCUAAAAACUGACCUAGUUUAUCCAUGCUGUGAGUCUAAAUGCUGUUAAUUGACUGAAUAUGACAUGCAAUCAGAUUCUAUGAAAUCCAGAUUAGAGAAGUAAGUUAAUGGUGUGACUUCAGGAGAUCUGAGCAUUUCUUUAGUUGUUAAUCUGAGAUUUCAGCCGUAUGUUUAGGUAUGAUAGACUUUAACUACGCUGGCUUUGUUCAUCUUUAAAGUGUUUGAAGGACUGAAGUUUGAGCUACAAACUACAUUUCUAUAAGAAAUACAGUUAAUUUAUAAAUACUGAUGCAUCAAAUAUGAAUAAAAAUAACCGUUAUGCCCAUCCCUAACACAGAUGGAUCAUCUGGAGGAAAACUGACAAAAUGAGCUUCUCUCCUGUGGUUCAAGAGUUUCUAUCAGUAAAGACGAGCAGACGGUCCACUAGGAGGCAUCACCACUCACAUAUGUAGGAGACCAAUAAUAAACCAGUAUAAACCAGUUUGACUAGCCCAGUGAUCACUGGUGACAGAAGGAGACGGGGUUUCCUACAUUUAGUUUGCUGUUGUUUACUUGUGUACAUAAAAAUAAAUUAUGUUUAUUUCUGUUUUCAUUCAAUAAAAGUCAAAAACAGAA